AUGCAUCUAAGCUUGUCAUCCGUUGUUCUCGCGCUGGGCCUUGUGUCCACAGCUGCCGCAGACAGGCUGGUUGUCACAAGGACAUGCUAUGGUGGCGCUCUUUGCAGAAAUUUUGGCGCUUUUGUCACCGACUUUGGUGUCUACUCAGUAAACGCCGACGACGGCUGCCACGGCACGAGUGUACCAGGCAUGGUCGAAUUUUGCGUCGAUUGGUCCAGGGUUCGAGGACACUUCCGAUUCAGUCACCAGUCGCACAAGAGGUGCAUGGGUGUUUCUCAACCCGACAUGGACACCUGUGCUAAGCUCAUUUCCUGCGACACGUGGACUUUCGAGGAAGUGCCAUGCACCUGGCGUUUGCCUGCGGAUGACGAAUACCCCAAUCCUGGCGACGAGGCGAUUGCGACACUAUCAGCUACUCUUGCAGCUGCCGAUGCUACUGUUGCUGCCACACUGCCUGGAUCCUCUGAGCCUGCUGUCCCCGUUGAAAAGCUCUAA